AUAGCUCUUAUAAUUCUCGUCCUACUUAGCGAGCCGAUGUGAUGGUUUGGAGGCACUUGGAAUGGAGAAUGGUACAAUUACAAACGCUUCCAUUACUGCAAGUUCGUACUACCCUCAAUAUCCUCCUUGGAGCGCACGGCUGAGAGCUGGGACCGAGAAAGGUUGGUACGCCCUGCCCAACGAUCUUUCACCUUGGAUCCAGGUGGAUCUUGGGAAGCCAAGAUGGCUGAAAGGUUUGGCGACCCAAGGAAAGAGGUUUACAGUAUUUGUGAAGACAUAUAAGGUAGCAUAUUCACUGGAUGCGGUCAGCUGGCGUAUCUACCAUGGCAAUGGGACAAGAGACAAGGUCUUCUAUGGUAACACAGAUCCCUAUACAGUGGUCACCAACAUCCUCGUCAAACCGGUUUACACUCGUUUCGUGCGGGUUUAUCCUCUUUCAUGGAACGACGCUAUAGUUCUUAAGUUAGAGUUUUAUGGCUGUUUGACCACCAAGAUUCCUUCCACGUAUAAAAGUCUUGGACAACCAUCAGAGCGUCUUUGAAAUCCUGUUGAAAUAUGAUGAAUGGCUUAGUUUAUGAUGUUGAUUAAAAAUAGUUUUUCGAACUCAAACGCAGCGAUAUACGUGGGUGUGUAUACGAUGAAAAUACUAGCAAAUCUGUAGAGAAAUGCAUUCUGAAACACAUACAGACGAGACGAUGGGACUA